UAUUAAUCUAGACUUAAAUAUAAAUGGAAACAGAAGGAGGAGGCACCAGCCUCGCCACCAGGCUUGAGUUAGAGAGCUACGAAAUCGGUAUCACCCUUGGUACUGGUUCAUUCGGAAGAGUCCGUAUUGCCAAAGAAAAGAAGACUGGCAAAUAUGUAGCAGUUAAAAUAUUAAAGAAAGCUGAAAUUAUUAAAAUGAAACAAGUCGAUCAUAUUAUGAAUGAGAAUAAUAUUUUAGCCUCUAUUGACCACCCCUUCAUCAUCUCUAUGGAUGGCUUCACCCAGGACGACAAGCACUUGUACCUCGUAAUUGAAUUCGUGAGAGGAGGAGAAAUGUUUACUUACUUAAGAGGAAUAGGCAAGUUUGAUGCAAAACAAGCUCAGUUUUACUCAUCCCAAGUUGCCUCCAUGUUCGAGUACCUCCACAGCAAAAAUAUAAUUUACAGAGAUUUAAAACCUGAAAAUAUUCUUAUUGACCACCUGGGUUAUUUAAAGCUCACAGAUUUUGGAUUUGCCAAAAUUGUGGAAUCAAGAACCUAUACUUUAUGUGGGACCCCCGAAUACUUGGCGCCAGAGAUGCUCCUGAACAAAGGGCAUGGAAAGCCUGUAGAUUGGUGGACAUUUGGAAUUCUUCUAUACGAAAUGAUUGCUGGAAUCGACCCCUUCUCAGACGAAGACCCCAUGCUUAUUUACCAGAAGAUUUUGAAGGGAAAGGUCAAGUUCCCCAGAAGUUUUGACAAGAAUGCCAAAAGUCUCGUUAAGCAUUUGCUCCAAGCCGACCUCGCAAAAAGGUAUGGAAAUCUUAAGAGAGGAGUGAAGGAUAUCAAGGGUCAUAGGUUCUACAAUGGUCUCAACUGGACUCAAUUGCUGAAAAAGGAGAUAGACCCACCCUACAUCCCUCCAACCAAGGGAGAAGGAGACACUGGAUGCUUCUCUCCAUACCCAGAUUCAGACUCAGAGACCCCUGCAGUAAAGGAAAGCGAGGAUCCUUUCUUAGAAUGGUAAAUUUAUU